CGUGGUUAUGUUUGAGCCAAUGGAACAGCCGAAGAGGUCGUAAUCGUAUCGGCAGAUUAUGGGGCGACAAAAACGAGUGAGGUGGCAAGAGAAGAUUUAUUUGGCGUAGAUCGCGCAGCCCUCUAAACUAGCUCGUAGCAACCAGGACAUCAUUUUACAUCCCUAGGACGUAGCGUUCGCACAAGAUAGUGAGCCUGUGAUUCGCCAUGUCGGCCAAAGCCAUUUCAGAGCAGACGGGGAAGGAGUUCCUCUACAAGCACAUCUGCACCUCGGCGGCCGUGCAGAACCGCUUCCGCUAUGCCAAUGUCACCUCGGAGACGGACUGGGACCGCUUGACGCAGGACCACCCAUGGCUGCUCACUGAGCGAUUGGUGGUGAAGCCAGACCAGCUGAUCAAGUGCAGAGGGAAGCUGGGCCUGGUGGGUGUUAACCUAGACCUGGUGGGCGUGCAGGAGUGGCUCAAGCCCCGCCUCAUGAGGGAGACCACCGUGGCAAAAGCGAAAGGCAUCCUGAAGAACUUUCUCAUUGAACCGUUUGUUGCACAUACACAGGAGGAGGAGUUCUACAUAUGCAUAUACGCCACCCGAGAGGGCGACCACGUGCUCUUCCACCACGAGGGAGGCGUUGAUGUGGGGGACGUGGACGCCAAGGCCCAGAGGCUGCUGGUGGGAGUGGACGACAAGCUGAGCGAGGACUCUGUCAAGGAGCAGCUCUUCAUGCAUGUCCCAGAAGACAAGAAAGAGGUCCUGGUCAGUUUUGUUGUGGGUCUCUUUAACCUGUAUGAGGACCUUUACUUCACUUACCUGGAGAUCAACCCACUGGUGGUCAACCAAGAUGGCGUGUUUGUCCUCGACAUGGCAGCCAAAAUUGAUGCCACGGCUGACUACAUCUGCAAGGCGAAGUGGGGUGACGUGGAGUUCCCCCCACCCUUUGGGAGAGAAGCCUACCCCGAGGAGGCUUACAUCGCGGAUUUGGAUGCCAAGAGCGGGGCCAGUCUGAAGCUCACCAUCCUGAACCCCCUGGGAAGGAUCUGGACAAUGGUGGCAGGUGGAGGAGCCUCCGUAGUCUACAGAUCAACCAAGUGAUUUUCACCAAGCAUGGGCAACCCCUCAGAACCAUCCUACUGCUGUUUGAACUAGGCCCGCAUCACUAUUUAGACAUUGAGACCACAUAUGGGUUUGCCUGUCUUUUCUUUGUUGAAGAACAAAUGCAAAUACAUGUGCUUCUUUAAGCACUUGGAAGACUAAACUCAAGGUAGAAUCAGUUUAACAGGUGUCGUGUAAUAUUUCUGAUUCAAAGGGGAGACUUUAUCAUUUCAAACAAUCAACUUUAUUUAAUAUUGAUUAUUUCAAUAACUAAGCUGGUUGAUCCCACACUCCGAAGUGUGAUGCCGAGAGCUCAACGAGCAGAAUUGAGCCACAGUAUUUUAUAGUUAAAACACAUCCUCCUGAAUACGUGACAAACCACAGAUGUCUGGAAUAGGUCAAAAGGUUAGGAUUUGUAUGUGAGAAAGGAGUAUUCCCCCAGCCAGAUAUCAGAUAGAAGACUGUUCCAUUUGUAUAGAAAUCAGGGUUUGGCCCCUAAGACAAGGUUCCUCCAAUCAGCUGUCCACACCAGAGACAUCUUCCUGGUACUUCACAGUAUACAAAUACCAACUCAUUCUAUGGAAUGCAGGGUAUAGGUUUUAUCACCAAGCCAUUACAAAUAAAUUGCUAGCGCAGAGGCCCAACUCAAUCCCGCUGACACAGAUGAGAGAGUACCCAUCAAAGCUAUUUGAUGCAUAAACAGUAAAACAUAUUCUUGUAAUUUUCCUACCAUACAGGUGACAAACAUCUUAUUUUACAUUUGUAACAUAUUGUUGGAGGAUUCCCGGAAUUGUAUUGUCCCCGUCAGGAGCCCAGUCUUUUGCCAUAGAUGGUAGAGUUUUCAUCUCUGGAUCACACAAGCUUAAGAUUGCAUUCUGCUAAGGCACUUGUCUGUCUACAUCGGUCCGCUACAUUGGUGACCUGGGUGGGAUCCUUUCAUUUGACAUUUUAGUCAUUUAGCAGACCCUCCUUUCGAAAGGCAUACAUGGGGCCUGGGCGCACACAUGCUCCUUGAGAGAAGGGAGAAUACUGAAACAUGGGUUGAUGACAGUUCUACAGUCUCCAUCAGAGGCCCAGGCUUUUGGCAUAGAUGUUAAAGCUCAUUUCUGG